ACCAAAAUCCCCCACCCGCCGCACUCCACCGCCCACAUCGCACCGCCCGCCGCGCUCGCUGCCGUGCUCCCAUUCAUUUCCUUUCCCCUCCUCUUUCCCCCACCACCUCUCUCUCUCUCUCUCUCCCUCUCUCUCUCUCUCGCGCGCGCCCCAAAACCAGAUCGGCGCCGCGGCGAGGCGAGGCGAGGAGAGGAGAGCAGAGGAGCCAGAGCAGAGCGGAGCAAUGGCGGCGGGGUACCGGGCGGAGGACGACUACGACUACCUGUUCAAGGUGGUCCUGAUCGGCGACUCCGGCGUCGGCAAGUCCAACCUGCUCUCCCGCUUCACGCGCAACGAGUUCAGCCUCGAGUCCAAGUCCACCAUCGGGGUUGAGUUCGCCACCCGCUCCCUCCAGGUCGACGGCAAGGUCGUCAAGGCCCAGAUUUGGGACACCGCCGGACAGGAACGAUAUCGUGCUAUCACAAGUGCAUAUUACCGAGGUGCUGUUGGAGCAUUGCUUGUUUAUGAUGUCACUCGGCACUCAACCUUUGAGAACGCUGAGCGCUGGCUGAAGGAGUUGAGGGACCAUACAGAUCCCAAUAUAGUUGUUAUGCUGGUUGGCAACAAAUCCGAUCUCCGCCAUCUUGUAGCAGUUCAAACUGAUGAAGGGAAGGCAUUUGCGGAGAGAGAAUCACUCUAUUUCAUGGAGACCUCCGCGCUGGAGUCCACCAAUGUCGAAAAUGCAUUUGCAGAGGUCUUGACUCAGAUUUACCGCAUUGUGAGUAAGAGAGCAGUCGAAGCAGGUGAAGAUGCAGCUUCUGGGCCCGGCAAGGGUGAAAAGAUCAAUAUAAAGGAUGAUGUUUCGGCAGUGAAGAAGGGUGGCUGCUGCUCUAGUUGAGCAGUCCUGCUGUAUUUUUGGAGUUGUGUGAUGUAGCUUAUGUCAUGGCUUUUCCUGCGACUGAGAAUUAUUAGUGGCAUUAGCAAUUUCUAUUAUCUAGAGAGUUUAUUGUCAAACUGAAAAGUUCGGUUAGAUCAGUUCAAAUCUUUCUAUUGUUGUAUUGUGUAUGGGGCAAUAGGCAUGUUAUUGUUUUUACAGUGAA